AUGGCCAACGAGGGUGGAACACGUUAUGAAAUUAUGGCUGACAUCAGUAAAUAUAUCCCGAUGGUUGACGCCAUAUUAAGUGCGUCCAACCCAGAUGAAAUAAGUCCGAAGAGGGUUAGAAAAGCCCUUCAAAUCCUAUUUUCAGUUGAUUUGGACCCUCAAAGGAAGGCAAUCAACGAAUUGAUCCUUGAAAGGUUUGGUGAUAUACAAGAAAAUCCUAGAGUUUUGGUUCCAAAGGAGGUCCUUAUCAAUCGAGAUCAGGAAUUAGCUUCGAAACUGCAAGAAGAGGGAGGAAGACCUCUAAGGUCAACAAAGAAAAGAAAAAGUAAGACUGAAACUAAACCGAAAAAGAAGAAAAAGAGGACUGAAAGCACUGACUCUAACAGCAUUUCAGUCCGAAAAGUUCUUUUAUCGGCUCCUCUACAGAAGUUUCUGGGGGCCGAAGAAUUGCCAAGAACACAAGUGGUCAAGAUGAUAUGGAAAUAUAUUAAGGAGAAUGACUUACAGAACCCCGAGGAUCGUCGAGAAAUCUUAUGCGAUGAGAAGAUGGUGCCCAUUUUUGGUAAAAAAAUGACAAUGUUUUCAAUGAACAAACUUUUAACCAAGCACUUGUUUAAUCCUGAAGAAAUUGUCAAGCACGAAGAAAAGGAGGAACCGAUGCCUAAAAAAGAAGUCAAAUCGGAAGAUGAGCUGCUUCCGAAUGCCACCGAUUAA